UGUGUUGUUCAUCAUUGUUUGUUUGCUCUUUAGUUCUUCUAGGUCCUUGUUAACUGUUUCUUGUAUUUUCUCCAUUCUGUUUCCAAGAUUUUGGAUCAUCUUUACUAUCAUUACUCUGAAUUCUUUUCCAGGUACACUGCCUAUUUCCUCUUCAUUUGUUUGGUCUGGUGGGUUUUUACCUUGCUCCUUCAUCUGCUGUGUGUUCCUCUGUCUUCUCAUUUUGCUUAGCUUACUGUGUUUGGGGUCUCCUUUUCCCAGGCUGCAGGUUCUUAGUUCCCGUUGUUUUUGUUGUCUUCCCCCAGUGGGUAAGCUUGGUUCAGUGGGUUGUGUAGGCCUCCUGGUGGAGGGGACUGGUGCCUGUGUUCUGCUGGAUGACACAGGAUCUUGUCUUUCUGGUGGGCAAGACUGCAUCCUGUGGUGUCUUUUGGGGUGUCUGUGACCUUAUUAUGAUUUUAGGCAGCCUCUCUGAUAAUGGGUGGGGUUGUGUUCCUGUCUUGCUAUUUGUUUGGCAUAGGAUGUCCAGCACUAUAGCUUGCUGGUCAUUGAGUGGAGCUGGGUCUUAGAGUUGAGAUGGAGAUCUCUGGGAGAGCUUUUGCCGUUUGAUAUUAUGUGGAGCCGGGAGGUCUCUGGUGGACCAGUGUCCUGAACUCAGCUCUCCCACCUCAGAGGCACAGGCCUGACACCAGAUCAGAGCACAAAGACUCUGUCAGCCACACGGCUCUAGUUACAAACAAUGAAGCAGGGCAGUCAGGCAGUUUAACACAGCUUGACUUCAGCAACCACCUUACACUACGAUCCUCAUUCAAAUCUCAAAAUGAACUCACAUCAGAUUUGUCCUUAGUCAGCAGAAGACUCUCAAACUCAACUGUGUUGCUUCCUCCUUCUUACACGUUUUCUCAUAUCGCAUCUUAGUUUAUCACCUGCUCUACGCAUCUUUAAAUGGUUCCUACUCCUUCUUCAGGGCUUUAGCUUUUAAGUUGCUUGUGGCUUCGGGUAGAGCUGUGACUAGCUGUCCUUGGACUCAUGGCAGAACUCUUCCUGCACUGUUUCUCUUCUCCCAGUCCUAGACAGGCCAAUAUUUAACCUUAAGAAGUCAGGAAGUUAAACCUCCCUAGAGAGCUAGGCUGUUGUCUAUACUUGCCACACCCUCUGCAUAGCCCUGAUCUCAGGAAAGAUGAAGUAGGAUGGUUUAGAUAGAACCCAUUCUAAAGGAGAGAGCAGGAGUAAUGACUCUCAAGGUCCCCUUCAAGUACAGGGUUGACCGAUGUAACUGAGACUGUAUUAUAAGAAGCCAUGUAACCUACCAGUCUGUACUAAAUGGUCUUGGAAGGAAAAACAAGGAUGCAUUUUAAGAUGUUCAUGCCUCAGAGUGGUUAUGUGGACUCGUAUACCUAAAAACAUCCAAAAUCCUGGAGGUACACAGUGAUGUGUAAAUUGAGGGGACUUAGCCUUGCAGGUAGAGCAGCUGCCUGAGUGAGGGAGGGCAGUGAGGUUGUCUGUGUGCUCAGUGGUUGCUUGUCCUCACUAGGGGCAAAUGCUUUGACUGAGAGAGAGAAUGCCUCUCCCUUAUUUUGUCUUGUAAUAUCGUAAUAUUUGGGGGUCAUUUCCACAUCCUGUGUUGUAGUCUCAUUGUCAUGAGUCUCUUUUCUGAAGAUCUUUUCUUCUGUUAUAAUUGUGCCAAGGACAACAAUUCCCCUACACUGGGGAAAAGGGGGUCCUGAUACUUACAACUCCCCAGGAGUGAUAGAAAGUAUUUGCCAAGAGUUAUAUUUUGAAAGAGCCAUAAGCUCAGGUCCAAACAUUUGGCCAACAUGUGAGAUAAUUUACUAUGCAGAAUUAUCUCAAGAACAUGCUGGUGAAGAGAUAAGUCAGUAUCCGGGAAAGGAAGCAGGCUGAGUUGAGGAUUCAAUUGGAGUCUAUCAAGGUGCUGAAGGUGCAUCUGAAUGCUUUGGUUAGAUUUUUAGAGACUGAGAUUAAUAUAUAUACAUACUGAAUUACAUAUCUGAAUGAUAAAAUUCUGAACUAUAUAUGUGUGUGUGUGUAAUAUCUAUCUAUCUGUAUUAUAUGAUAGGAAUUUCUGAAUAUUUGCCAACUAACUAGGAAUCUUCAAAUUUGACUAGUGUUCUUGGCCUGGUUAGGUGUUAUUAGUUCAUCUGAUGAGUGGUCCCUGGACUCCCACUCUGGGUCUUACUCUGCGCUGGUGUUGGAGAUGCACUGGCCCAUAGCCACAGCUCUUGGCCUCGUGGGGGUGAGGGUGGAGAGCAAGACUUUAAUCAAACAAGCAUAUAAGUAAAUAGAUAAUUAGAAGUUGUGACAAAUGCCCUAAAGGAAAGAGAAAUGGUACUAUUAAAACAUGUGGCUAGGGUCUGCCCUCGGAAGGGUGGUUCAGGAGAGGUUUUCCUGAGGAAAUGACAUUUAGUUUGAGAUAUGAAAGAUGAACAGGAGUUAACUAGGGGAAGGGGAUGGGAAGAGCAUUCAGUCAGGGGGAGCAGAUUAAUCUUGUUUUGGUAAAUGAAGUUCAGGGAAGCUUUGCUGUAAAACAUUGAUUACUUUCACACACAUGGAAGAGCAGUACAGGCUAGUAAAGAGACAGGCUCUGAUCCAGAAUGCCCGGGUUUGAAUCCUGGCCUGCCACUUGCUCUGUGUUAUUAGGCAAGUCACUUCACCAAUCCGUGCCUCAGUUUCCUCAUUUGUAAAACCUCAUAGGGGGUUGUGAGAAUUAAAUUGGUUAAUGUGCAGAGCGCUCAGACAGUGCCUGGCAUAUAACCUUCUCUAGUUUAUUGAGUAUCCACUACUGAUUUCUAGUGUGGUGCUAUAUUAACUAGGGGGAAAAAGUCUGACCCUUUAAUGUUAAAAAUGAGGCCUGGGGAGACUGAGUGGUUUCCCAAAUAUCAAAGAAUUACUUAAUGGAAUGUCUGAUCUGGGAAGAUAAUUUUUUAAAAACUUAAUGCUUUUUAUGUUAAAUCAUUGCUUCUCUAUUCAUUCACACAGAGUUCUAGUGGUGCACUUGAGUACUUAAGACUGAAAAUGGGUAUCUUCUAUUUAUCAGAUUUUUGCACACUUCUUAGAAUUUGUUUGAAAAUGGUUUGGGUGUAGCUCUGUGUGUCUUGAGGUUGGUGACUAGAUUCAGAGUCUUUUUGGGGUCGCCGGUUUCCACUUAGAAUAGAGUGGUGCAUUUGCACGAUGUCUAAGUUGAUUUCAGUUUGAUGGUUGUAUUGGCAGCUGUCAGCACUUGUCCAGUAUAUGCCAGGCACUUCACCGAUACUGUAACAUGGGCGUGGGACACUCAUAAAUGAGACGCAUAUGGUCCUGCCCCUGAGAGUAUAGAUAACUCUACACUGUAAUCAAUGAUUACUCCUCCGUGCAAAUGGCGCACUGCUUUGGGGAAUAUAUGAGAGCUGUUUGCUGGGCAGUGAAGGGAGCACAACCAACUCCCUGGAGAAGAAUUCAUCCAGAACACGACAGGGAUCUUAGAUAUCUGAGAUAUGAUGAAUUAAAGUUAUGAUAUAAAGGAAGCCCUUUAUCAUGCUCACGCAUGUAUGCAUAGGGUAAGGCAUGUGUCAUGCAGCAGGAAUAAAGCUGUGGCUAUCCUGAGAGCUUGUAUUUUCAUUAGAAGUACUCAUAUUUGGGGAAAUUUAAUGUGACUUUUGGUAAUCUGAGUCAGUGUAAUUGUUAUCUACAUUGUAGUGGAAUUCAAGAACUGAAACUUAAGAAGCUUCCAGUUCAUUCUGAUUCAUCAUUUGCUGUUCUUGUAAAGGUAGAUUCUCAGAACCCAAAAUCUCCUCUAAGGCUACAAACUCUGUUUCCUAUCUGACUUUUAGGCUAUAAAAAUAGGAUCUCAUGUGGUAAUGCUCUCUGUUUUUCAAAGCACUGUUAUCUGCAUUAUCACAUUUGAUCCUUGUGUCGUUAUCCCCAUGUUAUAGGUGAGGAAACUGAGGUUCAGCAAGGUCAAUGGACUUUCUGCAUAAGUGAGACCUAGGUAGGGCCACCUUAAACAGUUUGACCCUGAUUUUUCAGAUGGAGGACUUUGUUGAUUAGAAUACAGGUAAGAAAUCUCUUACUGUACUGUAGAACCUGCAAACCACAACUACUGAGCCUGUGCACCACAACUACUGAAGUCUGCACACCUAGAGCCCAUGCUCCGCAACAAGAGAAGCCACCGCAAUAAGAAGCCCGCGCACUGCAACGAAGAGUAGCCCCCGCUCGCCACGACUAGAGAAAGCCCGUGCACAGCAACGAAUACCCAAUGCAGCCAGAAAGAAAGAAAAACAGACAGACAAAACGGCAAACAUCAAACAGACAAAUUAUUAAAAAACAAAAUCUCUUAGGUUGAAAAAUUGAGAGCAGCAUGUUUUACCCACCGAAACGCAUCCUGGUGCCGGUGUUACUCAGUUAUUUCUUGGGCCUGAAUGACUUGAUUGUUUCCUCCGUGGAGCUAACAGUCCACGUGGGUGAUUCAGCCCUGUUGGGAUGUAUUUUCCAGAGCACAGAAGAGAAACUUGUGACCAAGGUAGACUGGAUGUUCUCAUCAGGAGAGCACUUCAAGGAUGAUUACGUGCUCUUCUAUUAUGCCAACAUCAGUGUGCCUGUGGGGCGUUUCCAGAAUCGUGUGAGCUUGGUGGGGGACAUCUUACACCAUGACGGUUCUCUCCUGCUGCAAAAUGUGGAAGAGGCUGACCAGGGAAACUAUACCUGUGAAAUCCGCUUCAAAAUGGAGAGCCUGGUGUUCAAAAAAGCAGUGGUCCUGCAUGUACUACCAGAGGAGCCCAAAGAGCUCAUGGCUCAUGUGGGUGAUUCGACUCAGAUGGGAUGUGUUUUCCACAGCACAGAAGAGAAAUACAUGACCAGGGUAGACUGGAUGUUCUCAUCAGGAGAGCACACCAAGGAGGAGAUUGUGUUGCGCUAUUACCCCAAACUCAAGGCAGCCAUGGGAUACCCCCAGAACUGGGGCCGCUUCCAGAACCGUGUAAACCUGGUGGGGGACACUUCCCACAACGAUGGCUCCAUUGUGCUCCACAGAGUGAAGGAGUCUGAUGGAGGAAGCUACACCUGCAGUAUCCACCUGGGGAACCUGACAGUCAGGAAAACCACUGUGCUGCACGUGAUCCUGAAAGAGCCUCGAACAUUGGUGACCUCAGUAACCCUCAGACCUGAGAUCCUGGGCGGUAAUCAGCUGGUGAUCAUUGUGGGAGUUGUCUGCGCCACUAUCCUGCUGCUUCCGGUUCUGAUAUUGAUUGUGAAGAGGACCUAUGGGAAUAAGAGUUCAGUAACUUCCACGACCUUGGUCAAAAACCUGGAGAACACAAAGAAGGCAAAUCCAGAGAAACAUAUCUACUCCUCAAUAACCAUGCAAGAGGUGACUGAUGAAGAAUCAAGUGGAAAGUCAGAGGCCACCUACAUGACCAUGCACCCAGUUUGGCCUUCUCUGAGGUCAGCACCAACUAGCCCAUCUGACAAAAAGUCAGAUGGGGGAAUGCCAAGGACAGAGCAAGCUUUUUGAAAAGAAGGGGGAGUUCCCUUUGCCCUUGGCCGUGGCACAGACUCUCUCUUCCUUGUGUCCUGAGUCCAUGUCAGACCCCCUGCCCUCCAAGUCCUCCCCCGGCCUCAUUGCUUGGGCAAAGGGCUGAAGAUGGAGGGCUUGAAGCUUGGCAGAGAGACAGGACAGCUCUGGAGGAACAGGCCCUGAUUAGGGGGAGCAUGGACUUGGUCCCUCUGGAGCGGGACACUGGCCCUGGGGACCCUGACUGAGCUGCCCCAGAGGCCGCAAGCAUCCCAUCAGGUCAGACCCUCUGCUUGGACGGUGCUCUUUGUGAAUGGUUCCAGGGAAGAAUCACGAGAUAAAAACCAACCCAAAUGAUUUCUUUGGCCAAUUAUCCCCAAAUAAAUGCAGUUUGUGGAAAUCA